CUCCACGCGCCUACACUUGAGCUCUUAAGCCAAGGAUGACUUCUCUGCCAACGACUACCACUGCUUGGCGCCUGCAGACGAGGGGCUCGCCCGCAACGGAGCUCAAGCUCGACAAGGAUGUGCCCAUUCCCGAGCUGAAGCCAGGACAGGCCCUUGUGGCAAUCGAGCAGGCCGGCAUCAAUCCAGUGGACUGGAAGAUCGCCUCCGUUCUCCCCGGCAUCGUCCAGAAUUUGCCCCGCACAAUGGGCUCUGACUUUGUCGGUCGUGUCCUUUCCGUCAAGGCGCCUACAGCCUCAGCUCCUGAUGAUGCCUUCCUGCCCGAAGUGGGACAGAAGGUCUAUGGUAUGGUUCAUGCCGCAAGCUUUCGAGGGAGACAGGGAAGUCUGUGCGAGCACACUGUUGUACCCAUCGAGGGGCUGGCGCCACUCCCACCUAAUCGGCUCAGCUCGGAGCAGGCUGCUGGAUUGGGCGUUGUCGGCCUGACUGCUGUGAGGAUGGAGAGCUUUGCAAAGAAGGGAGAUCGAGUGUUGCUCCUCGGUGCCUCCACUGGGAUUGGUGUGCUUCUAGCCGCUAUGCUCAAAAGCCCACUGGUGGGCGUCAGUCAUCUCGUCGCCACAGCGUCUGGACAAAAGAUAGGGGAGUUAAGGGAGCGCGGCCACAUCGACGAGUUCGUUGACUACCGAAAGGAGAAGAAUGUGGAGGACGUGCUCAAGGAAAGGUACGCUGCAGCUUCUCCAGCUGCAUUCGAUGUCAUCCUGGACUGUGUCGGGUCCUCCGCCACCCAGAUGCGUUGCGCGGAAUUUCUCAAGAAGGGAGGUACAUACUUCAAUACUGGUGCGUCCUCGAUUGAAGCAGACAAUCUAUUCUGGUCGGUCAUAGCGUUCCUCAAGAACGCGAUCCAGACCAAUAUUCUUCCGGUCUGGCUCGGAGGAGCUUCAGGUGUCAUUCAGGGCGGUCCAUUGCUCAGCCGAAGGCAAGAUUGGGACAGAUUGAACAGCUUCAUCGAGGGAGGAUACCUCGAUCCGAAGACUGAUUCGGCCUUCUCCUACAACGAAGCUUCAAAGGCGUACGAGAGGCUGAUGACCGGAAGAGCGUUCGGCAAGGUCGUUGUAAAGGUCAAGGAAGAUGUGGAGUAAGAGGGGGCUUCGAGGGGUGUAUGACUUCUCAGGCAUCGUCAGUAAUACUGUGUUUUACCGCACCUCGUGUACUCUACCGUAAGGCGUCUCGCUCAUUGCAGCCUCGUAGUCAUGCAAUACAGGCCCUGCCAACGUAAUAAGCAUACUAGUGCAACGCAGGCAGGCAGAGAUAGCAGCUCAUCAGCUCAAAGUCGCUCUUCAGUUCAAUUCGUGAGUAAAAUGUCAU